UGUCUGUUGCUCUGGUUGUUUGAUUCCGGUUUUUAUAGGCGGUGCACGCGGCGCUCGCCAGCGGCCUGAACCCGGGAUCAGGUCUUCACCUCCGUCCCCGAUUGACGUAGCCCACUUACAUAGAAGGAACACAGAAUGUGGAUUUUUGAUUCUAUUCUCAGAGUUGCUUCAUCUUCCCAAUUUACAUGUCAACUUCUGAUCAUUGUGAGCUGCUUGUUGAAGACUUUCUGAGACCUGUGGAGUCACUGCUGUUGUGAAUCUGCUUUGCUAAAUAAUACUCUGAAGCUUGGAACAUCAACAUUUUCAGCAUGGCUGAGGAUGAUUUGAUUUUUGACAUAGAAGGAGUUGGCAAUGGAAAUAGAGACUCAAGAGAGGAUAGUGAUGACGACGAACAGUACCUUAUUUGCUCCAUUACGGAUUAUGAUGACCUUAAUAAAUCAAGAAAGAUCUGCAAUCGUAAUUUCAUGAAGAAUAAAUUUUGUGAAACCUCCAGCUCCCCUGGAAAGUCAGCUUUCAAUGUUAAGAAUCACCAGACCCCUCCUAAGUUUGGCUCAUUAACUGACCGAGGUCGGGCUGCCUGGAAACAUGCAUUUGAAAAAGCCAAACACAUACCUGAUCCUUGGGCAGAAUUCCAUCUGGAAGAAAUUGAGACUGAAUCAGCAACUCGUUACAGGUACAAUGCUAUUUCAGGAAAAUGGGUUGAAGAUAAAGUAUUCAUGAAAAUGGCAAAACAGCCCUUUGGCCGUGGCGCAAUGCGGGAAUGUUACAGAACGAAGAAGCUCUCAAAUUUCACACGUCAUCAGCAAUGGAAAUCUGCCUCUAAUUAUGUAGCAAAACGCUACUUAGAUUCUGUGGACCGGGAAGUGUAUUUCGAGGAUGUCCGACUUCAAAUGGAGGCAAAACUCUGGGGAGAAGAGUACAACAGGCACAGACCUCCAAAACAGGUUGACAUUAUGCAGAUGUGUAUUUUGGAGAUGAAGGACAGGCCUGGAAAGCCUCUGUACCACUUGGAGCACUAUAUAGAGGGUAAAUACAUCAAAUACAACUCCAAUUCUGGCUUUGUAAGGGAUGAAAAUUUUCGCCUUACUCCACAGGCAUUUAGCCAUUUCACCUUUGAACGCUCUGCACACCAGCUGAUUGUUGUUGACAUCCAGGGAGUGGGUGACUUGUACACAGAUCCUCAGAUUCAUACAUUUGGUGGUACAGACUUUGGAGAUGGCAAUUUGGGUGUGCGAGGGAUGGCCUUGUUUUUUCACUCUCAUGCAUGCAAUAGUAUUUGUAAGAAAAUGGGUCUCACGCCAUUUGAUCUAUCCCUUAAAGAAAAGGAAGCAUUGGAACAUGCACAGAAUCUACUGAAAACAGCCAAAACUGUCCUUCGAGGCACAGAGGAAGUCUGUGGAAGCACUCGAGUGAGAACCAUCUCUGGCUCCAGGCCUCCAAUUCUAACACGCCUCUCUGAGAACUCUGCAGAUGAUAAUAUGAGUGACAGCACAUUUGACUCUCUUCCCUCCUCCCCAUCAUCUUGGUGGAGUCCUAAGGAAGAUUUGCUGGGGAAAUCUCCAAUGGGUUGGACAAUUUUGAAUCAUGGUGAUAAUCUGGGUGAUGACCACAGUGAUUCAUUGCCUGAGAGAAGGAUGUCUGAAAAUGGUGGCGACAGUGGCUGUCCCAGUGAGCGACGAAGUGAAUUGGAAGGGGAAUUUGCAGAUCGGGUGAAUGCAAAUAUGCGAAGAUAUUGUGAAUCAGAUGAAGACAGCAUUCGAAGGGGAAAUGCAAACCCCAAUGUGUGCCAACCCUUACUCAUCCUCAGACGCAGUCAAAAGUCUCAGCCGGAUCACCACAGUGAAGAUAAGUGGAACCUUUACCAUAUGUCCAGGGCUCACACGCAUCGGCCUUCAUGUGUGGCAGUAGAGGUGGAGCGAUUAAAUGCUAUCAAGCAGGAAAAGAAAAUUGGGAAAUCUAUUUUGGGCAAGGUGCACUUGGCUAUGGUACGUUAUCAUGAGGCUGGCCGAUUCUGUGAUAAACUGGAAGAGUGGGAUCGGAAGUCUGCAAUCUUCCACCUUGAACAUGCUGCUCUUUGUGGAGAACUGGAAGCAAUUGUUGCCCUUGGUCUAAUCUACUUGCAGCUGCCUCAUCAUAUCUUGACUGACGUCACUGUGGAGGAUACUGAACAGAACCGGCAGAGAGGCUUUGACUACUUGCUGAUGGGUGCAGAAGCAGGAGAUCGUCCAUCCAUGAUUCUUGCAGCUCGAGCUUUUGAUACUGGCAUCAAUCUGAGUCCCAAAAGGACUCAAGACUGGAAGGAGGCUUUGUAUUGGUACAGUGCUGCUCUGAACAUGACUGAUUAUGAUGAAGGUGGAGAGUAUGAUGGCACAGGAGAUGAACCUAAGUAUUGUCUUCUAGCUCGAAAGGCAGAGAUCCACAUGACAGGAGGGUUUGGUGUGGAGCCAGAUCCACAGAAAGCAGGAGACCUCUUCACAGAAGCAGCAGAGGCAGCAAUGGCAGACAUGAAGGGCAGACUUGCUAACCAGUACUACGAGCGGGCAGAGGAAGCUUGGUCCAUGAUGGAGGAAUAAACCUUUUGACCUAUGCACAGUUGAUUGUCAAAGUUAUUUUUUAAAAAAUGGUUAUUGUUUACUCAAUGUCAAAUGUCUUCCUUUUGUCUGCACAGAAUGUUUGGAAUUUCUUCUGUAUUUUUACCAUUGCAUUGAAUGAUCUUUUUGAAUGAUCAGAAUCAUUGCAAAUUCAGUGGGCUGCAUGCUGUCCUUCUGUUCUGCACUAUUCUGAUGUCUCGUAAUGUUUUGGGUCUGUGUUAAUCUGCAUUAGCUGCUUCUGGUAGUAUUAUUGCAAGUAUCUGGCUGAAUUUAACAGCACUUUUUAUAAUUUUUGAUAAUGCCAGGGAUAUUUGCAGAGGAAGUGGGAUUUUAUGAUUGUUGAUCUGACCCUUUUUAUGAUUAACAGUUUAAGAAAAGCACCUUCAUGUUGUUUCCCUUCGUCAUCCUUCAUGAAGAGGAUUCUCCAGCAGAUUCAAAUACUACAGUUAUGUUUACAAAAGUGUGAUGGUGGGGGUGAACGUGUGCAGGACAGUUGUACGUUAAAGAGCACUUCUUACAAAUUCAUGUUUGUCUAAUCUGGAUUCGCUGACAAACGCACAACAAAAUGACACAUCCGGCUGAAUUACAGCAUUGUGUCCACCACUAGUUUACAGGUGCCUUUUACUGCCUCUGGCUUCAGACAAAGAGGGUAAAAGCUCCAUAAUAGAUUUUACUGUCCCCUCUGACCCCAUCCUUCUCUGCUUAAUACUUGUAUUGUACCUUAAUGCAAUCACACACCUCAGUGCAGUCUAGAUAAUUAGUGACUUUAAGGUGCAAUGGCUGCAAUGUAUUCAGUCUUUUUGUGCCAUCAGUGUGUCUGGUCCAAUUGGUAAGGGAGAAAUGUUGGUCAAAACAUUGGAAGAAAUUUUUAUAAAGAUGCUGGAGAAUCACUAAUGAUGCCAGACUGCCAAAGACCUCAGUCUAACAACUCACCUGAUGAUGUUCACCAAGCUGCAGAAAUGUCCCCUCGUAGAACAUAAAAUUACCUCAUUAGUUACCCCAUCAGGCCCAAUGCUGUGUACUGAUUGAGCCCUGCAUUGCUCUCAGCCAGUUCAUCCGAAAUUAUCAUCGAAUGGCCCAACAACUAUUGUACCUAGUGUGAAAAUAAUGUAUUUAUCUCUGUGUGAUCCUCUACCUAUGUAAUUGCAAAUGCUUUCAUCUAGGAAGUACCAUAUUCAAGAAAGCAUGAAGAUUUUAUUGAACCAUUGAAAAAUAUGUUUCCUAUUUUUAAAAAAAGGGGCAAUGGUUAAUUACUUGCUUUAAUACUAACAACUGAUUGCCACUAUUAGAAGAUGAUGACAUGAGGCUCUCCCCUUCUGGAGUAAAAUAAAUCUAUCAUUUUCCAUGAAGUAUGUCGCCUCUUUUAUGUAAAACAUCACCAUAUUCUUGGCUUGGCACCAUGGAUUGUACAAUGACUGCUGUGCAUUCUUAUAAAUCAGCAGGCACUGUUUACACAGUUUUUAAUGUGUAAUGUGAAUGUGCUUCGCAAGAAUAAAUACUUUUUUAUUGUUUUAAA